AGUAUCUUAAUAUCAAGCAGUGUCAUCAUAAUUAUAGUUAGCCAUAUCUCUAGAACAGCUUAGCUGUGAUCGAUGGCGAUGACGACAUCACUAUUUUUCUCCCUAGCUUGUUCAGUCUUCAUUAUCGUUGCUCAACAAGCCACAGCCCAAAAUUACCAUUGUUUCAACGACAAAGGUAACUACACCCUUAACAGCCAAUAUCAUGAUAAUUUCAAUUACCUUCUCAUAACCCUUCCCAGCUCCCAAAACGAUAAUGGCUACGGCUUUUACAAUCUCUCUUACGGAAAUGCCUCCAACCAAGUUUUCGCAAUCGGACUAUGCGACGGGGACACCAUGCCGGACGUUUGCCGGAGCUGUCUUAACAAGUCUACACAUCUUCUCCAAGAGGUCUGCCCCAAUCAGAAGGAGGCAGUCGCAUGGCUCGACAAGUGUAUGUUGCGCUACUCUAACCGCUCCUUGUAUGGCAUCAUGGAAACAAGACCAAAUAUUAUUAUCAACAACACCCAAAACGUGUCAUCCGAUUCCGAUACUGUUGAGGCAUAUUUCAAAGCUCUUAGGAGCUUAAUAGAUAAUCUGAAAAGUCGAGCUGCCGCUGGUGGUUCUCUUCGAAAAUUUUCUGUAGAUAAUGUAACAACUCCAGGGUUUAAAACCAUAUAUGGGCUUGUGCAGUGCACACCUGACUUGUCCCAGAUCGACUGCAACAAUUGUUUGGAUGAUGCUUUUAAGGUUUUUCCAGGAUGUUGUAAUAAGAAAAAGGGGGGAGAAGUACUCGGCACCAGUUGUAAAUAUAGAUACGAGGAUUACCUCUUCUAUAAUUCUACGGCUGCUGAAGUUUCGCCACCAUCCCCACUGUCAUCACAACCAUCAACGACAUCUCCUCCUACGCCUCUGACAACACACGAAACGAAGAAUAACGCUUCAUCGUCUAGAACGGUCCUUAUUGUUGUGAUUGGGGCUAAUGUUGUGUUGGGGAUAGUCAUCUCCAUUUGUGUGGGUUUAAGACUGAGGAAGGCAAUGAUAUUGAGGAAAACUAAUCGCCUCUCAAAUGAACCCGUGGAGGAAAUUGCAAGUGUGGACUCCUUGCAAUACAAUUUCGACACUAUCAAACUUGCUACGGAUAAUUUCUCUGAGGAAAAUAAGCUUGGACAAGGUGGAUUUGGUGCUGUUUACUGGGGCAAACUUUCCCAUGGAGAAGUCAUAGCAGUGAAAAAAUUGCAUAUUGGAUCAGCCCAGGGUGAUCUCGAAUUCAAGAAUGAGGUCAUGCUAGUUGCGAAGCUUCAACACCGCAAUCUUGUUAGGAUUCUCGGUUUCAGCUUGGAAGGAAGUGAAAGGCUUCUUGUAUAUGAGUUUGUCCAAAACGGAAGUCUUGAUCACUUCAUAUUUGAUCCAAGGAAGCGUGUAGAUUUGGAUUGGGAUAGGCGUUACAAAAUAAUAGGAGGUGUGGCUCGAGGUAUCCUUUACCUUCAUGAAGAUUCUCGUUUGAGAAUUAUCCAUCGAGAUAUUAAAGCUAGUAAUAUCUUGUUAGAUGAUGAAAUGAAUCCUAAGAUUUCAGAUUUUGGGUGUGCAAGACUUUUUGUUGAUCAAGUUCAAGACAACACAAAUAGAAUAGUGGGAACAUAUGGAUAUAUGGCUCCAGAAUAUGUCAUGCGUGGACAAUUUUCAAUCAAAUCUGAUGUAUUCAGUUUUGGUGUAUUACUUUUAGAAAUAAUAAGCGGACAGAAAAUAAAUUGCUAUCGUCAAGGAGGGCUUAUAGACGAUCUUUUAAGUUGUACAUGGAGACACUGGAGAGAAGGAAUUGCUUUAGAAAUGGUAGAUCCGUUGAUGAGAGUUGGUUCGGGAUGUGAAAUAAUGAGAUGUAUCCAUAUAGGACUAUUGUGUGUCCAGGAAAAUUUAGUUGACAGACCAACCAUGAAUACUAUUGUUCUCAUGUUAAAUAGCAAUUCUGCCUCCCUCCCAUUACCCUCAAAGCCAGCUUUCUUUAUACAUAGCAAUAUGGGAUCAGAUAUAUCGACAUCCCCACUUGAGUUCAAUUCAAGAAUGAAUGUGCCAAAAGGGGAGACUGUAAAUGAAGCAUCAAUCACUGAACUUUUCCCUCGCUAGUGCUGUUGUUGAAGAUUAAUAUUUAACUUGUAGUUACAACAUGCAUGGUUCUUCUUGUCAUUUACAUGAGACAAUGACAUGCAGCAUUGAAGGUAUACAUAAUAAUAAAUAUCUUCUAAAUUUGUAUUUUCUCUAAUGUCUUCUAAGUUUGUACCAUUUUCUGCCCAUUGAAAUAUUAUGUCUACAGUUCUAACUCA